UUUUUUGUUUUGUUUUUUGGCUUAUUUGUUCUUAUUUUUCAUGAAUAAUUACUCACUUUCUUUCUUUAUUCUUCUUUUUCUUUCCCUUUCAUUCUCAAUUAGCCAUGCAAAGAAUUUAUUCUUAAAAAGCUGCUCCAAGGCUUUUUCCCAAGCUUUAAGAAAGAAAUUGACAAAAUUUCUGUUUUGGCAUAUUGAUGAUUGUUGACAGCUUUUUCUGUUUUGGUUUUUUUUUUAGUUUUGACUUUUUUCUAAAAAUUUAGCAUUAUUUGUUGCUUUUUAGGUUCAUUACAAAUUAAUGGAAAUAUACCUAAAAACUUUUUUAAUAGGAGGAACAUUUUGUUAAUUUUUAGAACUUCAAAAAUUAUUUAAAAUUAGUCAAAACCCCACAAAAAAUUCUAAUGAGCCUUGAAGACGGUGCUAUCUCCCUUUUUACUCAAAAAUUCCAUUAUAAUAUUUGGCCUAUUAAUUUAUCUUAUUUCUCUUAUUCUACAAAAGGAAAUAGCAAAGCUCGGCCUGAAUGUAUGCGCUUUCUGGUCCGGCUAGCGCUAUUGGGCGUCUUGUUUCUUCUGUUUAUUUUGGCGCUCUCAAUACACCAAAAAAGAAUUCGAAAAGAAUUUCCUGAAAUAAUUCAAAAAAAGAAUAUUUCUGUUAAUAAACCAUCAGUUAAUACUUUUUUAAUUCCUGUUCGUCCAAAAGGAAAUUCGAACCAGCCAACAGAAGAAGAUAAAGAAGCCCGUCGUCUUUUACAACUUUUUGGCGGUUCGUCUGACGACGGUAUUCCUGUACCUGCUGGCCAUAAUCCAAUUAGUGGGGGUGGUGGUGGGGCAUUUCCCCAAUUAGAAACAGCAAUAGGUGCUGGUCUUCUUUUCCCCAUUGGACGAUACCCGCCUGGAAGUGUUCGAGGAAAUGCUGUUCGUGGCCAGUUGACUUUGAACGUUGCUGUUGUUCUUAUUGUUUCUUUACUUUCCAUUGCUGUUUUAAUUACUGCAAUUUGCUGUGUAAUAGUCAUAGCGUUAGCUAUGGAAUCAGCAACUACAAUUGAUGAAUGUCACAACAACAAUUCAUCUUCUAAUGAUUUUCUUCUUUCCAGAUGGCCUCAUUUAAUACUUCCUCGGCCACAAAUAGAUGAAGAAACGGGUAAUCCAUUAACUGAUGAUGAAAUGGAGGAUUGUGAGGAUGUAAUUGACACAGAAAAUGUUAAUAAAUGUAAUCAAGGACAAAGUUGGGGACAAAAUAAAUCGGAUCUUGAACCUUUAAUUGAAAAAGGAAUUGAAAGAGACAAAAAAUGGCUAAGGAAAAAUAAAAGUGAGAGCCAUGAAGUUGGAAGGCCUAAUAUAUUUAUUGUUUGA